CUCUCUCACACACACACUACCACAGCCGCGCCCGGAUCGCGUCCAGCAGCACAGCGCUCUCCCUGCUUCCCUGCUAUAGCAUGGCCAGUUCGAGUAAAGCGACUUUAAUCUUGCUCGUCUACGGAAUCUUAAUGCACUACAGCGUCUUCUGCACACCUAUCGGACUAAGUUACCCUAAGAUUAGACUUGAUAACAACGCCUUCGAUGAGGACGGCAACUCCUUAUCCGACAUGGGUUUCGAUAGCGAUCAGAUCUCCAUCCGGAGCCCGCUGUCCUUAAACGACGACGCGUACACGCUGUACUACCCACCCGAGAAGAGACCAGAAAGGCAUGCUGAGGAAGAAUUAGAUAGAGCCUUGAGGGAGAUCCUGGGUCAGUUAACAGCGAGACAUUAUCUGCAUUCUCUGGUGACAAUUCGUGCAGGUGACGACAACAGCAUGGAGGAAGAGUCAGAGCCCUUAUCCAAAAGACAUUCAGAUGGGAUCUUCACCGACAGCUACAGUCGCUAUAGAAAGCAGAUGGCCGUGCAGAAAUACCUGGCGGCGGUUCUGGGAAGAAGGUACAGACAGAGAGUUAGGAACAAAGGACGCAGACUUGCCUAUUUGUAGCGCUGUCACUGCGCCACACGCCCUCCUGUGUAUAUACAUCCGUCGUUAAAUCAAAGUCAUUCAGAUAUACCUGACCAACCAGUGGA